UUCGACCGGGCGCAGAAAGUCAUUGAACAAACUCGCCAGGAGUUGGACCGGCUGACGCUUGAAAUAAAACGCAACGAGGGAGAUAUUGCCCAACUACAGGAACAAUUAUCUUCUGCGGAGCAUCGGUCCAAUGAAGCGCAAGACAAACUCUCCAUCGCUGAGCGGACUGUUACCAUGCUUACGAACGAACGCGAUCGAGCCAAAGCGUUUGUCGAGGAUAUUGAAAAACAACUGGCACGCUCAAAUGCGCAAAUCAUGAUCGGUCAUCAUUUCGGAGCAAAACGAAAGUUACGCAAAGAACUGAAGAAAUGUCAAGCUUUGCUCGCGGAGAAGGAAGAACUGUAUGAACGUCUAAUGCAACAACCAUCGGCAGAACAGGCUUUGAUCAAAGAGCUGCGUGAUCGGAUAUCAUAUGCUCUUUUCAUUUACAUUUUUCUGUAUUUUCCCUCUCUUUACGCUGCUCUCUCUAAUCUCGACUAUCUCACCGCAUGUCUCGAUCCGACAUUCGGAUGCCAUUUCCAGUUGGAAGAUCAGUUGUCGAAUGCGAAACGCGAAGUGAUUGAACUGCAGACACAAAUUGAAGAUCAUGUGGAAUCGAUGAAGGAAGCUCAACGCCUACAUCAAAACGCGCUGGCUGCACGCUCGGUCGAUGCGGCCACAAUUGAGGCUCAAACACAAGAGAUCAACGAUUUGUUGAAAGAACGUGAUUCUUUUCGCGCACAAGUGGAUGAGCUACAACUGAAAUUGACUGCUUCCGAUUUGGACCAAGUAACCCAAAGGCGAGCUGAUGAAGCGCUCACACACGCCGAUCAAGCGAUUCGCCAAGCGGCCUCCUCCCGCGUGGAACUGAAUGCCAUGGCACGACGAACGCAGGAAUUGGAGGCGUGGGUGAAUGAGCGCCAGAUGGAGAUGUAUCCGAAUUUGGACUAUUUGUUAGAUGAUCCGAAACAGGGUGCACCCAAUCGACACCGAUCGUUCCAUGGCUCUGCAGACUUCACACAUUCGCACUCCUCGCCGAAAACAUUCACUCGCCUGUAUCGUUCGAGAAGUUUGAAUUUCACCCGUACCACCGUCCAUCGUUAUGUCUAUCACCACCCCUCACCUCCUACUUUGGGCUCGCACAGUAAAAGCUCCCCGGUGCCUUGUCGUCGCGUCAGUUCCCAGGACCAGUCAGUCAUCAAAUCAUCUUCGUUUAAUCCACCCACACAAACGACCCCGACAGUGACCACUCCAACACCUCCUCGAGCUGAAUCGACCACAACUAGUGUGACACCGAUACAAAUCACGGAUUCUGAAAGUCUCUUCAAUUUGCACAUCACCCCGGAAAGCAACAGCACCACGGGUGUUUCUACUUUACGUGAAAGUGAGAACAGUCUUUUUAACAGCCAGGUGAAUCCGACCGAUUCCGCAUCCACCAAAACUCCAUCACCGAAAACCACACAAAUAUCGAUCAAUACAACUCUCCCCGGUCAGUCCGAGGACAAUCUGGAUCCGGAGCUCAUCAUGGACCAGAGAGCAGAUAACGAGGUCAGAUCCUUGAUCAGAAUCAUCCGUGAGUCUCGAACUCGGCCUGAUUCGACAGGCUCAUGCCGAUCCAGCAUAUCGUCUCGCUGUGAGAAUGAUGCGCGGCGAGCCAGUGCCGAAACCCUAUCUCCCACGGGAACCGUGAUACUAGUGUGUCGUUCGAUCACCCCGAAACAUUUAGUCUCAGAUUUCUCGGAUGAUGGUUCUCGUUCACCCGCGGAUUGUGAUUAG